AUGGAAGCUCCAGUAGUCAAGUUCAAGAAACGAGGCGCAAAAGCCGCACCGCGCAAGGCCGCGCCGCCACCUCCACAGUCAGAUUCGGAUUUCUCGUCAGGCUCCGAGGCAGAGGGUGAAGACGGCCGUGUAGUGAAGCGGAGAAAGACCAACGGCAAUGCGCUCAAAGCCUCGACUGCAGAUCAGAAGAUGGGGUCGGGAAUCGAAGGCACAACCAAAUACGAGGCUGAUCGCUCAGCUGUAAUAGAGGCUAGCAACGACGCCACGAAGCAGUCGAAUUGGUACGACGAGAACGCAGACGGCACUUUGAACUCGAAGAGCCUCCUCGGAACAACGCGCACAAAACCGCAAACUAUCAUCGAAAAGAGCGCCGACGCGCCGCCCCGACAAGUCGGCCCACAGAAAUCGUCGAGCAAUGUACGGACAAUCACAAUCACAGACUACACACCCGACGUGUGUAAGGACUACAAACAAACCGGUUUCUGUGGUUUCGGCGACAACUGCAAGUACCUACACGCUCGUGAGGACUACGCAGCAGGUUGGAAGCUCGAUCGUGAAUGGGAAAUGUCAACAAAGGGAAAGAAACUCGAGGGCACAGUGGUCGCAUCCGCAAAUCGCGAUGAAAAGGACAAAGAUGACGACGGCAUCGAUCUGGCCAUGUUGGAGAAGAUACCAUUCGCAUGUCUGAUCUGCAAGAAGCCAUACAAGACGCCCAUCAUCACCAAAUGUGGCCACUACUUUUGCGAGGCUUGUGCUUUGAAAAGAUAUCGCAAGGAUCCUACUUGUGCUGCGUGUAAUGCGAAGACCCAGGGCGUGUUCAACGGUGCGAAGAAUCUUCAGAAGCUGCUUGACAAGAAGCAGAGGUGGGAGGACAAGAAGAAGGCAGAAGCAGAGGCGGCGGAGAAAGAGGCAGCAGGUGGCGAAUGA